GUCUCAGCCGAGACUUAACAGUUGUCAGAGCCCAAGCUCGUAGCCAUGGCAGCAACAGAGGGAGAAGAAGAGGAAGUAGAAUCUCCACGUUUUGCUCCGAUGAUCUCAUUCGACAGAGAUCGGCACCUGACAUUCCUGGAGAUGAUGUACCAGCUGCUACCGCAUCCUUAUCAGACGCAAGAGAUCAACCACCUCACGCUCGUCUACUUCGUCAUCUCUGGCUUCCAUAUACUCAAUGCCCUUGAGCGAAUUGACAAGAUUGCUGUUGUCAAUUUGGUUCUAUCGUUCCAAGCUCACCCAAGAAAUAAAGAUGAAAUCAACAAUGGUCAAUUUUAUGGGUUCCAUGGUUCCCGAACAUCUCAAUUUCCUCCAGACGACAAUGGGGUUUUGGUGCACAAUUGUGGUCACCUGGCAAGCACAUAUUGUGCCCUAGCCAUACUUAAGAUUGUUGGUUAUGAUUUCUCCCGUAUUGAGUCGGAAAUUAUAUUGACAUCAAUGAAGAACCUUCAGCAUCCUGAUGGAAGUUUCAUGCCCAUUCAUAUUGGUGCAGAGAAGGAUCUUCGAUUUGUAUAUUGUGCGGCUGCAAUCUGUUCCAUGCUGGAGGAUUGGAGUGGUAUGGACAAGGAGAAAACCAAGAACUACAUCUUAAAUUGCCAGUCAUAUGAUGGAGGAUUUGGGUUGAUUCCUGGUUCAGAAUCUCAUGGUGGUGCAAGUUACUGUGCUGUUGCAUCUCUGCGAUUAAUGGGAUAUCUAGAAGACAACCUUCUAUCUAAAGCUACACAAUCAUCCAUCAUAGAUGUUCCGAUGCUGCUGGACUGGUGCUUGCAGAGACAAGCUGGCGAUGGUGGAUUUCAAGGUAGACCCAAUAAGCCUAGUGAUACAUGUUAUGCAUUUUGGGUCUGGGCAGUUCUUAAGAUGUUAGGAGGCCACAAAUUCAUUGACAGCAAAGCUCUGCAUGGAUUUUUACUGACUUGUCAGUCGGAGUAUGGUGGAUUCAGCAAAUUCCCGGGAGAGCUGCCUGAUCUAUAUCAUUCCUACUAUGGAUACACUGCAUUCAGCAUGAUGGAAGAACCUGGCCUCAACCCACUCUGUGUUGAACUGGGAAUAACAGAUCUUUAUCUUUUGGGGAUCUGAAUUGAUUAUUCCUCAUCUUAUUGGCACAUGCUGAUUCACACGACUGUUUCUGGUCGAAUUCAAAAUUGUAUCAUGUCGAUUGUAUGUUCAUUUAUAGAAGGUUAUAUCUAAUCAUAACAUGCAUUUUGUUAACUGAUAAGGGCAUCUUUGAUUGUAAGCUAUACAUUGCUGAUGUUUUUUUUCUUCACAGAAUCUAUUGAGAAUAAAGGGUAUUGUUUCAUGGCCAA